ACCGAGUAUAGUAGAUUAUAACUUCGAUUAUAAUCUUCCUCAAUGUGGUGUUCCUAUGUAUAGGAUGCACAGGCAACCAGAGCAUGUCAUGACUUUCUUGCUGGCUGAGAUGGGAACAAGUGGCUCACUUGAUGGUCAACAAAGAUUGGUAGUUAAGGGGAGAUUCGCACCCAAGAACUUUGAGGGAAUCCUGCGGCGCUAUAUUAAUGAUUACGUCAUAUGCAAUGGCUGCAAAAGUCCAGAUACUGUCCUUUCAAAGGAGAACCGUCUCUUCUUUCUCAGAUGUGAGAAGUGCGGUUCUGGGCGAUCUGUUGCUCCAAUUAAGGCUGGAUUUCGUGCUCAAGUUGGUCGUCGGAAAGCUGGAACUUGAUGACAAUUUGCUCGUCUUUAGAACUCUUUGUUUAAUGUCUGAUAUCAAUUUUACUACUAGCAAGAAGAAUAUCUGGAUGUACUUCUGUGAGGGUAGUUAAGGAGAGUGAGCUUUGUUGAAAAGUUUGGCGUGAGAGUUGCGGAUGUAUUGCUUUCAAUUAGUAUAUGCAUUAUGAAUUUGCUCAUGAAGUUGCAUUAUAAAUAUAUUGGUAGUUAAUGUCAA